AGAGGCCCUGGUUUUGGGGGACCCCCUGUGAGAGCCAAUGGGAACGCUCAGGGACCUUCAGUACGCCCUGCAGGAGAAGAUCGAGGAGCUGCGACAGCGCGACACGCUGAUAGACGAGCUGGAGCUGGAGCUGGAUCAGAAGGACGAGCUGAUCCAGCGUCUGCAGAACGAGCUGGAUAAGUACCGGUCCGUGCUGCGGCCUGCCACCGCCCAGCAGCAAGGCAUCGCCCUGCAGCCGGACCAGCACCGCAGCAAGCGCCACGCCAUCUCCGCAGAGCCCACGGCCUGCGACAUCAGCGACCUCAGCCACGUCACGCUGGCCUUCCACCCAAAGAGCCCGCAGUCGAGGGAGAUGAUCAAGGCGGCCAUCUUGGACAACGACUUCAUGAAGAACCUGGAGCUGUCUCAGAUCCAGGAAGUGGUGGACUGCAUGUACCCCGUGCAUUAUGGGAUGGACGCCUGCAUCAUCGCCGAGGGCGAUGUGGGCUCGCUGGUCUACGUCAUGGAAGAAGGGAAGGUGGAGGUGACUAAAGAAGGGAUGAAGUUGUGUACGAUGGGACCGGGCAAAGUCUUCGGAGAGCUCGCCAUCCUCUACAACUGCACCAGGACAGCCACCGUCAGGACGCUGGUGAAUGUGAAGCUGUGGGCGAUCGACCGGCAGUGUUUCCAGACCAUCAUGAUGAGAACCGGGCUCAUCAAACACGCAGAGUACAUGGACUUCCUCAAGAGCGUUCCCUCCUUCCAGGAUCUUCCUGAGGAGACUCUCAGUAAGCUGGCUGACGUCAUGGAGGAGACUCAUUAUGAAGAUGGACAGUUCAUCAUCAGACAGGGAGCCAGAGGAGACACUUUCUUCAUCAUCAGCAAGGGAAAGGUGAACGUGACCCAGGAGGAUCCAGCCAAUCAGGAGACAGCACAUCUCAGAGAGCUCAGCAGGGGAGACUGGUUUGGAGAGAAAGCCCUGCAGGGUGAAGAUGUGAGAACGGCCAACGUCAUCGCUGCCGAGGCCGUCACCUGUCUGGUCAUCGACCGAGACUCGUUCAAGCAUCUGAUUGGUGGACUUGACGACGUUUCAAACAAAGGAUACGAGGACGCCGAAGCCAAAGCCAAGUAG